GUCUACCUUGUCCCCCCUAACGACCUGGAGGUCAAGGGACUAGGUAGGUAGGUAGGUAGGUAGGCAGCCCAUUUCUAUUUCCCGUAAUUGGCAUACCUGAAUAUGAGUCUAGGUACGCACCACUAGACUUCGCUGAUAUCAACUGCGGUAAGAUCGGGUUGAUAUAAAAUACGGAUGGUCAAAAGAUCAGAUCUCCCAACACCUGCAGCUGGAGACUGCCGAAGGCGUGGAGUAAGGACUGGUCCAAAGUAGCUACAGGUGUGUCUAAAGACCUGGUGGAUUACUGAUCGCUCAAAGUGGCGAUUUUUAUUAACAGGGCCGGGAUGAUAUGAAAAUUUUGAAAUUAAAAUCGUGAAAUCGGGACCUUAAUCAGUCAUUCUGUUCUUAACGUGUGACAAAACAACUGACAUUUGCACUUUGGUGCAUUUAUGUAACCAUGUCCUACUUGGUCACUGAACCAUGCUACUUGGGCAGCAAUUUUUCUCCAUUGUCUGCUGACCUUUCAAAAUAUAUAGUGCCCACUAAACUGGUUAUUGUGGUCGUUGUCUGCUGAAAACGCGUUUAAGGGUCUGCAUGGGGGUCAACGAUUUACGCUAAAGUCAGAAGAAGUUCCCCCUAAGUAUUACGCUAAGUCAAGGAAAGCAAUUACGCUAAAUUUGGUCACCUAGCUACGAAUUACGCAGAUAAGAUGAUUUCCCUACGAAUUACGGGUAAUAGAAAUAGGCUGCCUAGUACGUAAAAGACCAUGCAGACCCCAAAUAUAUCGAAUCCCGUCACCAAUGGCUACACAUUUGCAUACUUGCUUGGCAAGAAAAAAUAAAUUGUGUGGCGCAUUCCAUUAUGCGUUUAGGGGACAUGGUUCAACGGAGUCUGAAUAAGACAGAAGGACAAAGCUCAAGCUGCCAGAAUCGUCGUCCCACUUUACGUGUAGAAACACAGUCUUGCAGCAUCUCGAGUUUGACCAACAUGGCGACCACAGCCGGAUCUCAUCUAAAACAAAUGGAGGGAGAGGAGGGACAGGAUUCUCCCCGUACCCACACGUGCAGCUAUUGUGAGAAGGAGUUUCCCUUCAAAGGUAGCCUGGAUCUUCACCUGCGAACUCACACUGGUGAGAGACCAUACCAGUGUGGAGAAUGCGGGAAACGGUUUAUUCAGCUAUGUAAUCUGAAAGACCACAUGAGAACUCACACCGGUGAGAGACCGUACGAGUGUGAAUAUUGCAACAAGUGCUACAGUCGGUCAGCUCAUCUGAAGGCUCACAUGCGGACUCACACAGGGGAAAAACCGUACAGGUGUGAGGCAUGCUACAAGCAGUUCAGUAGGCUUGGUACCCUGAAAAUACAUAUAAGAAAUCACACGGGUGAGAAACCGUAUAGAUGUGAGGAAUGCAGCAAGCAGUUCAGUAAGCUUGGUACCCUGAAAAUACAUAUGCAUACUCACACUGGUGAGAGACCAUACCAGUGUGAUUAUUGCGGGAAACGGUUUAGUCAACGAUCUAAUGUGGAGGACCACAUGAGGACUCACACCGGUGAGAGACCGUACGAGUGUGAAUAUUGCAACAAGCGCUUCAGUCAGGCAGCUCAUCUGAAGGCGCACGUGCGGACUCACACAGGGGAAACCCCAUACAGGUGUGAGGCAUGCUGCAAGCAGUUCAGUAGACUUGGUAUCCUAAAAAAUCACAUGAGAACUCACACGGAUGAGAAACCGUACACAUGUGAGGAGUGCAGCAAGCAGUUCAUUGAACUGUCUAGUCUAAAGAAACACAUGCGGACUCAUACAGGUGAGAAACCGUACAUAUGUGAGGAGUGCAGCAAGCAGUUCAGUGACCCGAGUCAUCUAAAAGUACACAUGCGGACUCACACAGGGGAAAAGCCCUACACGUGUGAGGAGUGCGGCAAACAGUUCACUCAGUUGUCUAAUUUGAAGAGUCAUAUGCGGACUCACACUGGCGAGACGCCAUACACGUGUAAGGAGUGUAACAAAAGCUUUCGUCAUUCACGUAGUCUUCGUUGGCACAUGAAAACUCACAUCGGUGAAAAUCUGUGAAUAACUGUGUGACGACAACAUGUACAUAUUCUUACACAUUAGAAAAAAAAUACAUCAUAAGCUCGAUUAAUCUUUUUUUCGUUACAAAGUUUAAGGUAGGCAAUGAUUUACCGCUACUUAAUUCAGCCGUGUACUCACAACAUGCCUCCACUGUCAAAAAAUAACGAGAACUGAAUUAAAGCAUAGUAGUUACUAUCGUCACGUCUCGUACUUGAUUGAAACUAGAUUCGUUGUUAAAAAACGACCGUAGAAUGUGUUCUAGGUUUGGAAUAGAGUAGUGCUAUACGUGAGAAAAUUUUAAAGCAGUUGUUAAGGUACCCCCCCCCCCCCAAAGAGUUAGUGAACCAGCCCCGGUUCAGAUAAAAGUAUAGGUGAUGUAGGAAGUAUUAACCGACAUAUGUUAGAAGAUAAAACUGAUGUUUAUUUUCCUGGGGGAGGUGUUGUGAGUUUAGAGUAGAGUAAUGCUAUACACUAUGCUAGUGUAAUACUGAGAAAAGCAGUUGGUAAGGUAUUAAUAUUGCCCCCAAAGGUUAGUGAACCAGCCCCGGUUUAGAUAGGGGAUAGACUGGGGGAAAGUAGGUCAGACAGAGUCUGGAUUGGAGAUCCAGAUGAGAGAGACUGGACAGAUCUUGAAGAGAAGUGGCAAAUAAAAUCAUUGUGGACUGCA